GACAAAGCCAGUCUCGCCCUCGAAAACUUCGCUCCACUCGCUCCAAACCUCCGCCGGCCUCAGUCCCACCACCAAUGACCUGGGGGGCCCUCUACCAUCCCAAGCAGUCGAGCUGGGAUGAAUCACCUGCUACCGUCCACGACGAACGCGCUCUCGGCUUCAUAACAGAUUUCAAUCCAUACGAUGGGUUUGGUACUCCUACACCACGCCCGACGGCCGUUCAUUCUCAUUCCGCAAGACCAAUGCCAUCCGAUCUGCUCAAUGAUCCUGCUUUUUCUCCCGAUCCUAUGGCCAAUCCUCACCAUGAUCAUACCGAGCCCCCGCCCAGAGUUAUUAGCAGAUCACCACCAGCCCUCGAUACACAUAUUUCAAGAUCUCACACCACCUUGACCCAACAUGCACACCGCAACCUUUCGAGAUCGCCUCCGAAUCCCUCACAUUACUUCGAUUCAACAUCAAUGCCUGCUUCAACGCCAUCCAGCGAGGCUGGAUCGAGCGUCGCGUUCUCUCCCUUCGAAGCGCCUACUGUAUCCUCAUGUUCCUCUGAGGAUCCUUCUGAUACCCAAUUUUCUGCCUCUAGUCCAUCUCAUUCUAAGCACAAUAACCAAUAUUUCAAACCAAAGAAUAAUCCAGUGCAUAUUUCUCCACCACACCACGCAGAACAACCGCUGCAGUCCGACGAACAUGAUCAAACUUACGUUGCUGUCACUUCUCGAUCGCCUCCCCCAUUUCUAUCCUCAGACGGCAACACCCGAGGUGGUAACCGGCAGCGAGCGCCGGCGCGCCAAGUCACAAGUACGCCUCCAAACCCACUUGACCGUAUCGACGAGAUGGAUGAGACGGCGCAACAUGGAGGCGGAUAUCAUCAUAGCCCUCCAUACGAAGCGAUUGGGAGUGACUUGGCACAUUUAGGGCCUCCGCACAUGUAUAAUGAUGUCGAUGUUUUAAGAGGUAACUACUCUCGCUCUCCCGGCGGCGACGAGGCUGGCCCCAUUCCGCACGCACUCGGCAAGGAGAAGCAGCGCCAACGACCUCGUCCAUCACCCGCACAGAACGACGGAUUAUCCCUCCACUUAGAACCGGGACAAAUCUUGCGCCGCAUGCCAACUUACGACCCUAAGACAUCUGUGCCCCUGGUCGGCAGAGGCGAUAUUAUUACGCCUGCUGGCACUAACACUAAACAUCCUCGAAUUGAACCCGCUAUUCUUCCUCCCAGCGACCAUUCGCGAAGCAAGUCCACUUCUCAUACUAUCAUUAGUGCCCCACCACGGGGCGCGUCACUUGCUAGACGCGAUUUGCACGGACGCAACGCAACUAAUGCGUCUGAGCCUCCUAGCCACUAUCAUAGGCAAGACGCUCCUCGGGAUCCCCCUCUCCCUGCUCGUUCUUCCAGAUCCAGCGAAUCUUAUGCACCACCAAACGCAAACUUGCCGCCUCAGGUCAACUCUGUAAAUCCGCCAUACAUGCACGCGUCUCGGUCCAAUGUCAAUGUCAGUAAUCUCACAGGUGGCGAUGACCGCGGACAAGGUUGGGAGGGCUACCCAAUCUCCCACCGGAGUUCGCGCUCAUUGGACAGUUCGGCGAUGUCCUUCACUUCCGCCACUUCUGGGUCUAUCUACUCUGCGCAGAGAGGCGGCCCUCCCCCUAACCACAUUCCGAAGCGCCUAGUUAUGCCCAUUCCGCUUCAAUCACAGCACAUGCCAAGUCGUACUCCGCCUUCCCGCCCGGGUGGGUAUGGCUCAUCGGAAUAUUCCGGACCAUCGCCCCUUCCUUCCGAAGAGAAAGAGAGAGCGGCGAUGUAUUCAGAUCGCAAGCUAUUGAGAAAGAGGACACCAGCUUUCCCGUCGAACGUUCCGCUUCCUAAACACGCUCCUGCCAAUCAAGAUGAUUCCCCCUUAAUUUCGAAGAAGCCGUCGAAGAAGGCCAGUGAUAUCGAGAAAGCCAAUUCUGUCAGAGACAAGGAACCAUUGCAUCGCAGGAAGCUCAGCAAACGCAGGAACUGACGCAACUGAUGCCUAGGCGGACCGCCUUCGCGACUUCGCGGGUUUCCGCGAUAUUUGAUGUCAUAUGUGUUAUAGAGCGGAAAUGACUGUCAUUACGGUGCAGUGUCUUCUAUCUCAUCGAUGAUCUCUUCAUGGCCGUGUACGAACUUGUACGACUACGUUUCACGCUUUCCAGGUGUUGCAUCGCGUGAUGUCUGGACACAUACGCGCACUGUCAAGCAUUUGUCACUCACGCACCUCGAACUCAUGUUUUCUAGACUCUCACGCAUCUUCUUUGGUUGACGAACUCUCGUGUAGGAUUACGCAUACAUUGGACUUGGACAAUCAUGUAUCUGAAUUCGUACAUACUUUAAGACACCAUUAUGCAUCGUAACAUACGUAAUAAUAGAACGUAGAUUCCGAUCUUUC